AUGAUCAAGUGUUUGCUUCUCUUCUUGCUGUUGCUCAGUGCGGUUGCUGUCAGUGACGCUCUACUGGCUCUUGCAGCCAGCACGCUAUCCCAUGGCACUACGUCCGACCAAGAGGAGGCCAUGGAGUCGAAGGUCCGGGUCGAAAGAGCGCUUAACUCAAGCGAAGGCACUGCUGCUUCGGUUGGUGAGGAACGAGUGUCUCGGCGUUUUUUUCCGCCGUUGGAGAUUCGGGUGGGCGCUGGUUGGAAGAAUCGCAAUCAUCAUGCUGCUCGGAUACGAAAAAAGUAUGCUGACUGGAGAAAAGCCAUGGAUGCCCGAGUGGGGAAGGAGGUUAUGUCUCAGGUGGAGGCUGCCAUAAGAGAGGGGACGGCUGCUCGGAAGCAAGCUAAGGCUGCCUGGGUGCAGUAUAAGGCGUCUUUGAUGCAGGAGUUUCAGGCCUUUGAAAAGGCGGCAGAUGCCAGGAUGCAGCAAGUUUCUGACUGGGAGAAGAUGGAUGCAACCUGGUUAACGAACGAUGCUCGCCGGGACGAGAUCGUCGAAUCUUUGAAGACGAUAAAGGCACUCUGGAGUGAGUUGAUAAAAGCUUCAGCGGAGGUAGAUAGAACGUGGAGCAAGCUCGAACAAGCCUCGACGACGACAGAGGCAGACUGGGGGAAGAAAGAGGGAGUUUGGAACAACGCUGCACAAGCUUCGAUAAUACUACAGAAACGCUUCAGCAAAUUAGAAAAGGGUUCAAAAAAGCUGUCUGCAACCUGGAGCAAGGUCGAAGAAGCCUCGAAGAAGGUAGACGCAGACCGGAGAGAGAAAUACGCAGCUUGA